UUCCCUCCCUCCCUCCGUCUCCUCAUCUUAAUUAUUCACACACUCACACUCAUAUUCACACUCACACUCACACUCACACUCACAUUUCCUCUUCCUCUUUCCCACCCUCCCCCUUCCACAUCCCUUUUCGUCCCCUGCCCCCGGCCCGAAAAGAGCUUCCCAUUACAACACGCGAUUUUCUCUCAUCCGUCAAUCACUCUAUUUCGUCACUCACCUCCACAAUUUGAACAUAUCUUGCAACUUAAGUCCUUGAACAACACGACAGACUUCGGUUUCCUGCAUCAACCUCAGACACAGAGCCAAUGGUCACCUUCCGCUGUUCCUGAUCUAGGCAACGAAGAAACAUCCGUUCGGACACGCAACUCGGCUUCUUGUUACAUCUUCCUCCCUUCCCCACCCGCCUCUCACAAUGGCGAAUGCCAUCGGUUCAGCAUGGCGUUCCUUUUGGCAUACCAUGACUUCCUAUGAUCGCCAUGCAUCCCACGACUCACCUUAUCGAUCAGGCAAACAUGUACCUCUCAGUCAAAGCCGACACGAGCCACUCACGUCUAUUGCGACAAGUGCUAUCGAAUCGCGCCCAGAUUUAACUGCCCCUUACGAUGACGACCAGCAGAAAGGCUCGAAUGGCUGGUCUGGAUCUCCUACGGGUACGGGGUCCCCGAAUCGCCCUUAUUCGCCUGGUAUGCGUUCAUUGUCAUCACAAAAGCGGCAGUCAACCGACCCCGGUGUGGAAGGAGUUCCUGAGAUCCAGAUGCAAAGCUUUCACGACGGCGCCCCGCCUCCACCCCCGGUUGGUCACUCGUGGAGAAAAAUUGACAGAUGGCUGGAACACAAUUACGAGGAGCUUUUCGAUAACUUGUGUGAGGGCUGUACACAGAAUGAUAUCAACGAAUUGGAGCACGAACUAGAUUGUAGCUUGCCACUAGAGGUUCGGGAGUCGUUGAUGAUGCACGAUGGGCAGGAGCGCCCGGGUUUGCCUACUGGCAUCAUCUUCGGAUGUAUGCUCCUUGACUGUGAGGAAAUCGUCCAGGAAUGGAAGAACUGGAGGACAGUCAAUGAAGAAUUCUUGAGCAGCUCGAUGAUGAACUCGGUCCCGAAAGCAGUCGUCAGCUCGUCUUCGGCCGUUCCGCCCACGCAAGCGUCAAAUCCCAUGUGGAGACAGGAUCUUCUCGAGCGUCAGGACUCGCAGCCCCCGAAUGCCGUUCAAAAGGCGUAUGCUCAUCCUGCGUGGAUUCCUCUGGCUCGCGACUGGGGCGGCAAUCACAUUGCGAUUGAUCUGGCCCCCGGGCCUGCUGGGAAGUGGGGGCAGGUCAUCCUAUUUGGCCGUGACUAUGAUUGCAAAUAUGUGGUCGCUCGGUCUUGGGCCGCAUUUCUGGCCAUGUUUGCCGAUGAUAUUUGCGGCGGCAAGGUUCACGUGGACGAAGAAACCAAUGAGCUCAAGCUUCUCGAAUUCAAGGCGCAGAAUGUCGAACCCCCUUAUCUCGAGAUUUUACGCUGGAGAACUGAUCAAAAGUAUGGUCGAAAACCACCUCGCCGCAAGACUCCCAGCGGCUUGGGACUGACUACAGGAGGCAAAUCUGGCCAAGCAUCCCCCUAUGGCAGCCCCACCCCGAGUGAAGAACGAGGCAGGUCGCCGCAUCGCUUCUCAAAUCGUGGUUCUACUCAAAGCCCAAAGACUCAGUUUGGCAUUUCAAGUCCCCUGGCUCGCGUCACGGAAGAGGCCACAAGUCCUGUUCACACCACAGCGGAUGCUAGUAACUCAGAACUUGCAUUCAAAGAUGAACAGACCGAGGAUUUGAUGGAGAUCGCUACGCCCCAGAUAUCUGGGAAAGAGAAUGACGAAGCACUGGGAGCCGAGCCUGAGCAUGGACUUUCAGAAACAGACAAGGGACUGUCAGACCAACCUCCCGCUGCCGGGUUGAACCCUGAGGUCUUAGGCGAGAUGAAAAAUGUAACUAUCUAGACAUCGUUUUUGCAGCGCUGUUUUGUUCUUUGUAUUUCUGCCAAUCCGUUUCCCUUAUCAUGCCUUCGCUCUGACUAUGAGCAU